AGGUUAUCGUGCGCGCGCUCGCGAUACUUGGCGCGCUGCACUUCUUCUGCGACCGGAUCUUCGGCUGGGAGGAGUUGGCGUUUCGUCACAGUAAGGCCGCGUUCGUGCGCGACUUGCUGCAGCGACGGGGCUGGCACCGGGAGGAGGUGAUUUUUGUCGACGACCAGCCUCGCAACGUCGAGGAGGUGGGCGGCCACUGUGUGGCGAGGAGGACCAGGGGCGUCGGGCUCAGCUCGGAGGAGAUGCAGGAGUUGGCCGAGCUCGCCGUCGGUGGUGGCGCAGGUGUGGGCACCGCCCCGCCCGAGGCGCCCCCGCUGGCGGAGCCGCCUGGCGCGCCCUCGCCGUCCCCCGACAGAGAGCCGGGGCUGUUCGUGGCCCUGCUGCCCAGGCGCAGCGCCAGGAUCCGUUCGGCCAGCCCGCGAGAGGUGGGGAAGCCGCCGAAGACUCCUCGGCUGAAGGUGGAGUUCAGCUUUGGCGCCUGAGACGGUGUCUCUUCCGCCUGCGCCACCUCAUCCUCUUCCUCCGCCGCCUCCCCCGCCUCUUCCUGCUCCCCCGACUCGUGUAUCUUCUUGUCUACACAGUUCCCUUUUGAUGUGUGCAUUUGCAGCGACCGUAGUUGCAGCGACGCGGUAGGGGUCUGUUGCGAAGCAGAUAGGUGCGAGUCUUCAGUGCACGUGUUGGCGCGGGUGACCAAUGAUUGGUCCGUAGUCGUCCCCCCGCCGUAGUUCACCCCAGGUUGAUUCAUCAUGUUUCGGUUCUUUCCAAGUUUUAGUCAGGGGUGUUCGGUUGCAGCCAGUUGUGGCACUUGGCGCAUUCAAGUCGUUAGUGCCCGCGCUGUUUUCAUGAUGUACGUAGGUGAAUUCGUGGUUUUUGUUGGCAUCCAGCAGGGACCAUCUGACUCAGCAGCGCACCCGUAGUUUCGCUCAGGCGCCGACUCAGCGUCGCAGUGGACUCUGGCAAAAACAGCAAUGGAAAAGGCGUCGAGCACGGACCGUGCUCAGAAGGCACAUGAGAUCAGUUGAUGCUAUAGUCCACGAAGGCGGCUUGGAUAACGCCAGAUUAAACAGACUUGUGCUUGCUGGCCUACCUUUCUUUGCCGAUCUGGGCGCCCUCGUUGCCACGACUGGACGCUGUUCAAAACGAC